CUAUCAUCGCGAUCCGCUCCACAAAAAAAGAGAAAAACGAAACGAAGCUUCUUCUCCCUCUCUUCUUCCCUUGCCAGCCAUGGCGCCGUCGCUUGCGUCGCAAGCCAAGCCCGCGGCCGUGCUCUGGCUCGCCGGGUUCCUCCAGGCCGCGCGCCUCCACCGCGUCGUCUCCUUCUGCGCCAGCUCGAGGCCUCUGUCGGUCAGGAUCGCGCAGUGCUUCCUGCUCAACGGGUUCAUCUUCCUGGGGAGCUUGUUAACGCUGAAAUCGGUGGUCAUUCCAAUGCUUUCGUGGAUACUACCUGAGGAAUGCAGUCAGUUGCAAGGGCAGCAUCUGUGUGGCCACACAGUAGCUGUAGCGACCUAUUCAUUCCUACGCUCUGUUCUUAUUCAGAUAUUCUAUGUAUUUUGGUUUUAUCCACUUUACAUCUUCAGCUUCAUAUUGAGUACACUAUGGUAUAAUGACAUUGCUAAGCAUGCUUUGGAUGUUGUGAAAAGCAAGAGCCUAGAUGCAACUAAAGCAUUGGAUGCUCACACCAUAUCUGAAUCAACAGAGAGGCCUGAAGGAUUUGAUGGGGUUGCAAUUGGUAUUGGAGAACAGGUCUAUUCAAUUCUUCUUUUGACUAUUUUCUUUAUUGAGGUUUCAGUGAUUGGUUACGUACCUUACUUUGGGAAGGCUAUAAAUUUCCUUCUAUUGUCUUUGAUGUAUGCCUACUACUGCUUCGAGUACAAGUGGAACUUCUUUGCAGUGAGUCUGAAUGAGCGGCUUGAUUUCUUUGAGUCAAAUUGGGCUUUCUUUGCUGGAUUUGGUAGUCCAUGUGUCCUUCCAAUUUUCUUCUUCUCUCCUCUUGCAAGUUAUGGUGUAAUGGCAAUACUCUAUCCACUGUUUGUGUUGACUGCUGCAGGUACCCAGGCAGAGAGAGUAAUUGAUCAACUGAAACCUUCGCAUGGAGGGAAACUGCAGAGAAUACCUGUGUUCUUCGUAGCAAAGCGACUAACGACGCAAGUGCUGCAAUUGUUUCCAGAGGUACAAAAAGAACAAUGAAAGGAUCCACAUAACCAUAGCAAAGGAAACAAACACUGUGCUUGGCUUAUCACAGAGCUGCUGUUCAUGUUGCACCCGAAGGGUGUAUAACCAGAAGCCCGCACGUCUGCACGACACCGUGAAAGUGUAAAUAUUCUGUUCUAGUGCCACUGUAUAUGGGAAUAAAGGGAAUAAAAGAAAACUAUAAUUGUGC